GCCAGCCGCCCUCCGUCUCUCGUCGCGUACUGCUGUGUGCUGCCCCGGGCAGGCGUCGGAGUGAACUGGGCGGCCAAGGCAGAGCCAGAGUGGGCGCGAUGAAGGCACUGAUCUUGGUGGGCGGCUAUGGGACGCGUCUGCGGCCGCUGACGCUGAGCAUCCCGAAGCCACUGGUGGAUUUCUGCAAUAAGCCCAUCUUGCUGCACCAAGUGGAGGCGCUGGCCGCGGCAGGCGUGGACCACGUGAUUCUGGCCGUGAGCUACAUGUCUCAGGUGCUGGAGAAGGAAAUGAAGGCGCAGGAGCAGAGGCUGGGAAUCCGAAUCUCCAUGUCCCAUGAAGAAGAGCCUCUGGGGACAGCUGGGCCCCUGGCACUUGCCCGUGACUUGCUCUCUGAGACUGCAGACCCUUUCUUCGUCCUCAACAGUGACGUGAUCUGUGAUUUCCCCUUCCAAGCCAUGGUGCAGUUCCACCGGCACCACGGCCAGGAGGGCUCCAUUCUGGUGACCAAAGUGGAGGAACCCUCGAAGUAUGGUGUGGUGGUAUGUGAGGCUGACACAGGCCGCAUUCACCGGUUCGUGGAAAAGCCACAGGUGUUUGUGUCCAACAAGAUCAACGCAGGAAUGUACAUCCUGAGCCCCGCGGUGCUGCGGCGUAUCCAGCUGCAGCCUACAUCCAUUGAGAAGGAGAUCUUCCCUGUCAUGGCCAAGGAGGGGCAGCUAUAUGCCAUGGAGCUGCAGGGCUUCUGGAUGGAUAUAGGGCAGCCCAAGGAUUUCCUCACCGGCAUGUGCCUCUUCCUACAGUCCCUACGACAGAAGCAGCCUGAGCAACUGUACUCAGGCCCUGGCAUUGUGGGCAACGUGCUGGUGGACCCGAGUGCCCACAUCGGCCGCAACUGUAGCAUUGGCCCCAAUGUGAGCCUGGGCCCUGGUGUGGUGGUAGAAGAUGGUGUGUGCAUCCGGCGGUGCACGGUGCUGCGGGGUGCCCGCAUCUGCUCCCACUCCUGGCUCGAGUCCUGCAUUGUGGGCUGGCGCUGCCGCGUGGGCCAGUGGGUAAGCCUGGGGGCUGGGCCGGGUGUGGGAGGGGCAGGGAAGGCGUCUUGCCCCACUGACCAGGCACGCCCCCUCCCCCCCGAGGUGCGCAUGGAGAACGUGACGGUGCUGGGCGAAGAUGUCAUCGUUAACGACGAACUCUACCUCAAUGGGGCCAGCGUGCUGCCCCACAAAUCUAUCGGCGAGUCGGUGCCGGAACCUCGCAUCAUCAUGUGAGGGGAUGCUGGGGGCUGGCUGAGUCUUCAUUUCCCUGUUGGCAGGGGGCACCCUGGCCUGACACAUCCGAAGGCCCUGAACUCAUUGUUUAUCUGGGAGGACCGGACAAGGCUGAAGGGUUGGGACACCUGCCCUCUCCUGUGGACACAAUCUGGCAGGACCCUUGCUGGGCAUACCCCACAAAGCCUACUCCCUCAAGAAGGGCCAGGUCAGGGCUGUAUGGAAUAAUAAUUUAAUGCUCACUGUG